GCAGCUCGGCUUCACUGGAUUAUCACAAGCCCCUGCCUCCCCCACACCAACCCUCCCCUUGUUUAAAUUUCCUUCCUGUCUAUCCAUUUUCUCUCUUUUUCUUUCCUUCUGUCUGUUCAUGCUUGUCGCUUUGCAUUGCCAGAAUGGAGUAGUCAGGCAGGCUUCAACUACCAAUGAAAUUUGUGAGAGUGCUUGGUGUCCUCUUUCCUGUUUCCAUCACCACCAGCAGUAUUCCCCAGAUUAAUUAUUCACUGAUCGCCAAGCAAGUGGAGCCAUUUGAUAGCCAGACCUUGCUACUGUGAUAGAGACCGGAGACAGAAAUUACAACUGGACCUCAGGUGAAAAGCGAUACUUCUGUUUAAUUUUUUUAUUUAUUUUAACCCUCAUUCCUCGCACCACUUGACACCCUGCAAUUAGAAUCUUAAAGGGAAGUCUUUUUAAUUUUUCUUCCCUGAGAGUAAGGUACAUCUCUUCCUCAUGUUGAUCACCAGUAAACAGUUGCCGAUCGGCCGCUCCCAGAGCUGGGACACGCUGGGUGGGAAUUAGGGUCAUUGGGAGCACAGUGACGGUGUUUACGAGCAGCAGGCACGGAUGGCUGGUCGACGCAACUCACUGAGGUAUGGAGCGGAUGCGGGAGGGGGAUGGUAUGAACCACCGCCUGGAGUGCGUCCCCCUGACCUGGAUUUGAAACGGGAGCAAGACUCCUACCAGGAAUGUCUUUACAAUCAGGGAUAUUUGGAUCGUCCGGACCCUCGUAAUGUAAGAAAGAACUCUGUUCCUGAGUUGAACAGCCAUUACGAUCGGCCACCCAUGGCUCACCGUGGUUCCCUGGCACGCCACAAUUACUAUCAGCAAGACUCAGGCAUGCCACCAAGGCCAACAGAGGGUUUUUAUCAUGGAGAGCAACCCCAUUCUCUUAAUAGGUCAUCUUCACAUUAUGGAAUGAUAGCUAGUCCUCGGCAACUGUGGGAACAGAGCUCAAGAGGUCGGCCUUGUUCUACUGCCGCAACACCUGGCAUACCUCCUCCCCCACCUCCAACUGUUUAUGACAUGGGUCGUAUUUACAGAGAACCGUCUCUGCCUGGACCCCCACCUGCUACUCCUGGCACCAAAAUGAUGCAGGAUGGACAGCGCAUUCCAAGCCGAGCACCAUCUCCUGCUCGUUAUAUAAUGGAGCCAAAUUCUCCACGUUAUGGUGCUGAGCCACCUGUCUCUCUCACUAGCCAUUCAGUCUACAGUGAUGUUAAUGGAAGGUCAAUUGAUCCUCAUCAGCCAACUCCCACCUGCCUGGUGGUUGAACCAGUUACUCAAGGAAUGGAUGGAACUUCCCGAGGUAUGGUCAUGCAUCCGGAAAACCCCUCACCAUACACCAUACAGCAGCAACAGCAAUCCCAACAACAGGCUCAACAACAAGCACAGCAACAAAUACAACAACAGCAAAUGCAACAAAUGCAGCAAGCUCAGCCAGUGCAACACAUGCAGCAAGCUCAGCCAGUGCAACACAUGCAGCAAGCUCAGCCAGUGCAACACAUGCAGCAAGCUCAGCCAGUGCAACACAUGCAGCAAGCUCAGCCAGUGCAACACAUGCAGCAAGCUCAGCCAGUGCAACACAUGCAGCAAGCUCAGCCAGUGCAACACAUGCAGCAAGCUCAGCCAGUGCAACACAUGCAGCAAGCUCAGCCAGUGCAGCAAGUCCAGCAGGUACCACAGGUUCACCUAGUGCAGCAAGUUCCACAUAUGCAACCGGUUGCACCCCCAAAUCCUGUCUAUACUCCAGCUCCCCCUACAGCUCCUGUUUCAGUAAACACUCCAAGUGUGGCUACUAUUACUGCUUCGUUACCUCAUGUUCCUGCUCAGCCUUUUACUGCUGCUCCUCCUCCCACUGUUCCUCAGACCCCAGUGGUUCUUGUAGUUCCUAAAAAAAAUGUGGAUCCUGAAUUUCUGGCAUUAUUGCAAAAAGAGGGUGUCUCGGAAAGCACCAUUACUUCUCUGCUGCAGCAGUGCUUUGACUCCAAUACAAUGUUGGCUGUUAUGGAGGAAGAUGAUGUGCGUUCAGUGGCCCCAAACUUGGGACAAGCUCGGGUUCUGUCUCGUGUUGUGCUUUGUUGCAAGCGACCACCUGAAAUCCUUCCUGCUACCCCCUUGCAUCCCAGUGCCCCAGUCCGUGGCAGAUCCAACAGCUUUAGCCAUCGCAGUGACAUUUACAUGCACCAGCCAACGCCCUCGACUCCGGGCUUGGAGUCCCAGUACUUGCAGCAACCCUCUACCCACAUGCAGACUAUAUCUCCAAGGAUGGGUGAAGGUUGUAGUCGCAGACCCAGCAGUGCUCCCUCCCAGCAGCUUCUUGAGACCAGCGGGUAUCCUGGAGCCAGGUCUGCAGGAGUAUAUGGUGGUGUUAUGGUUCCAGUCCACCCUCGCCCAUUGUCAGGCUACAAUCCACAUGCUGGCCUGUCCAUGCCACCUAUGACUGCAGUGUCCCAACAGGUAGCCAUUCCAUCACAUCUACAAGGAAUACCACCAGAAAUCCAUUCAAUGACACAACCAUUUCCAGCACUGCCUGCAGUUCCCCAACCAAUGACUGUGUCUGCUUUGCCACCCCAGCAGGCUCCAAAGGCAUACACCACCAACUAUACUGUACCAAUGGAGUUGAUGAAGAGGAAUCGGAGUUUGGCCAUGAUGUCGCCCAUGCCUAGUCCCCAUGUAAGCCCACAAGUAAUGCGCAAGGCUGGAGCAUCCUCAGACGGAGUCCUAGUACCGAUUGGUGGUGCUGUCCCAGGCCAAAAUGUGAGUCUGGCUAAUCAGAAGCUCAGCCGGCGUACUGGACCUCCGGUCAUUGUGUCCACUAUGGCAUCGCCAGACACAAGUAUAAGGCCGCAAAUCAUGAACGGUCCGAUGCAUCCUCGGCCGCUGGUCGCUCUGCUGGACGGGAGGGACUGUACCGUAGAGAUGCCCAUCCUGAAGGAUUUGGCCACUGUAGCAUUCUGUGAUGCUCAGUCAACGCAGGAAAUUCAUGAGAAGGUGUUGAACGAGGCGGUGGGGGCGAUGAUGUACCACACCAUCACUCUGACCAGAGAAGACCUGGAGAAAUUUAAAGCCCUCCGAAUCAUAAUCCGCAUCGGUAGUGGAUACGACAAUAUUGAUAUUAAAGCAGCUGGAGAGAUGGGUAUUGCAGUGUGUAAUAUUCCAUCAGCUGCUGUGGAGGAGACGGCAGACUCAACGCUGUGCCACAUCCUGAACCUGUACAGGAGGAACACCUGGCUGUACCAGGCCAUGCGUGAGGGCACACGGGUCCAGAGCGUGGAGCAGAUCAGAGAGGUGGCGUCAGGGGCCGCCCGCAUCAGAGGAGAAACACUCGGACUUAUUGGCUUUGGCCGAUCGGGACAGGCAGUGGCCGUUCGAGCGAAAGCAUUUGGCUUCAAUGUGAUCUUUUAUGACCCGUACCUGCAAGACGGUCUAGAACGAUCACUGGGUGUCCAGAGAGUUUACACCUUGCAGGACCUCCUGUACCAGAGCGACUGUGUGUCUCUCCACUGCAACCUAAACGAACACAAUCACCACCUCAUCAACGACUUCACCAUCAAGCAGAUGCGACAGGGAGCAUUUCUAGUCAACAUAGCACGAGGGGGUCUGGUGGAUGAAAAAGCCCUGGCUCAGGCUCUCAAAGAGGGCAGGAUACGGGGGGCCGCCCUGGACGUUCACGAGUCUGAACCCUUCAGUUUUUCUCAGGGUCCUCUGAAGGACGCGCCCAAUCUGAUCUGCACCCCUCACACGGCAUGGUACAGUGAGCAGGCCUCACUAGAGAUGAGAGAGGCAGCGGCCACUGAGAUCCGCAGGGCCAUCACCGGUCGUAUUCCAGAUAGUCUCCGAAACUGCGUCAACAAAGAGUUUUUUGUGACUACGGCGCCGUGGGGGGUGAUGGAGCAGCAGGUACAUCCGGAGCUCAACGGCGGAGCCUACAGGUUUCCUCCUGGUGCGGUGGGUGUGUCUCCUGGUGGCAUGGGUGGACAGAUAGAGGGCAUAAUGCCCGGCGGGGUGCCCGGGGCCCAUCCCCUGCCUCCGGGCACCCAGCCCAGCCUUGCCCCAUCCCCCACCCAGCUCCUCAAACACAAUGACCAUAGAGAACACCUCGCCAAGUCAUAACCACCUGACCACUGACCAACAGUCAUUCAGCAAAACUCCAAAUCAAAGAGACUAAGAGACAGUGAAUGGGUGAUCAAGCAAUCAGCUGCCACUAGCUGCAACAGAGACAUGCUCCACGGACAUCUUUCUACCAUCCUGUUUUCAGUUUUAGUGUUUUUCCAUUCAUUUACAUUUUAACCCAGGUUAUUUCUGUUGUUCUUUUGAGGGGAGGACAUCAUUUCCACCUGUUUUAUAGCAGGUGGACGGUGCUUUCUUAUCAGGGGGCAUGGCAUGACAGAAUAACCAUGCCUCUUUCCUGGUGCACCACUUACAGAGUUCAAAACGAUGACCGUUAUCACAUGCCAUGCGCUUGUCUUCUUCCUCCUCGCCUUAUUUACAUAAACAAAUCUCUCAACAGUUUCAAUUUCGUUUCUUUCUUUACACCCAGAGAAUUAGUGCUUGUCUUUGUUUUAGUGUUAAAAGUGAAAAAAAAAAAAAAAAAAAUAUAUAUAUA